UCGGCUCGUUCGCCGACGCGAGCGGGGCAUAUUCCGCGCAAGCUCGGCCCGUUACUAUUGAUCGAGCAUUUCGCCCGAUGGUCGCCUCAGAAUACCACGAACGGUCCGCACACCGUAAAUAUUCGUUCAGUACGCCGUGGCCGAGUGACUUACGCGACUAAAAACGUUCGAGUACAAGGAGAAACGUGGCCGAACAUGGUCGGAGGAGUGACAGAGGAUGGACCCGUUAUAUCUCCCGUCGGUACCGAGUUCAUUGUAAUUCCAGUGACGUCGACGUCGGUGCUCGCGAUAUGGCCGCUGUGCAUCGUCGCUGCUUUUCUACUUUGCGCAGUCGUGAUGACCUGGUGGCUUUGUCGGCGUCGUCGCGAGCACACCAAGCUCAAUUCCGACAAGUCCCUAGCGUUCAGACCGCCGCAUAGGAAGCCGAGGGCGGUCAAGAGUCCCGGCAGUACCAGCCAUUACUUGAAGAAGAGCCCGAGUCCCACGGAGCCAACCAAGAGUCCUCCUGGCUCCGGAGGGCAGACGCCGAGCCCCACCGGCUCCCAGGCUUCGAAUCCCUACUCGCAGCCUAGAACGCCCCAGGGUACGGGUACGCCAGCUCAGACACCUUCGGGCGAGGUGACCCUAAGCAUCGAGAACGAGCGCGAUAAGGCGGAGAUCGAGAACAAUGAGAAGACGGAGCGCGAGAAGAACCAUACGACGAAGAACAACAAGGAUAAUUUGGGCCAGCUGAUGUUCAAGUUGCGGUACAUCAGCGAGCACACCGCGCUCCGCGUGACCGUCGUCAACUGCAAAGGGUUGCCGGCGAGGGAGCAGAACGCAACCAGCGAUCCUUACGUGAAAUUGAAGCUGCUGCCUGAUAAGCAGCACCAAGUGAAGACGAGGGUCCUCAGAAACACCAGGGACCCGGUCUAUGACGAGGACUUCACGUUCUUCGGGAUAUCGAAGGAUCAGCUGCAGAAAAUCAGCCUACACUUCAUAGUGCUCAGCUUCGAUAGAUACUCCCGGGACGAUAUUAUCGGCGAAUUGACGUGUGCACUCUCGUCGGUGUCCGGUCUGGAGAACGCUGAUAACCAGGAGAUAUCAUUGUGUCGAAAAAUUUGCCCCAGAAGCCUGAAGAUCCAAUCGCAAGGCAGAGGAGAGCUGUUGGUUUCUCUUUGCUGGCAACCGAUCAACAGCCGAUUAACGGUUGUCGUACUGAAAGCGCAGAAUUUACCAAAGAUGGAUGUGACCGGCUUGGCGGACCCGUACGUGAAAAUCUACCUGCUCUAUAACAAUCAACGCAUCGCCAAGAAGAAGACAUGCGUGAAAAGACGCACCCUCAGCCCGGUAUUCAACGAGUCCUUCGUUUUCGACAUUCCGAACGGAGCGGACGGUCUGAAAAACGUCAGCCUUGAAUUCAUGCUGCUCGACUGGGACCGUGUGACAAAGAACGAGGUGAUCGGGCGACUCGAAUUCGGCGGACCAGACUGUCAAGACUCAGCUCUGAACCAUUGGAGAGAAGUCUGCAGCUCGCCGCAAAGGCAGAUCGCUGAUUGGCACAAAUUAAGGGAGUAGUUAGUAUCUCCCAGCCCCAUCGAUUUUCCUGGUAUCCCAUCUCCAACUAUCCGAAAGCCCCACAUCCUCCUCCAUUAUGAAACCACCGAUCCAACCCCCCGAAACCCUACGAUGAAGUAGGGUAUCUGUUUUGUAAACCUAAUACUCGAUGUAUAUUAGGCUUGAAGCGAGUGGUGGCACGUCCACCCGCGAUCGAUGCAACUGCGGGUUCGCUCCGCGAGACGUAUCGUGUUUCGAACCGGCGAUUAUCAUUUCUUGCGGGCGCAAACUUUCGUCGUUCGAUUCUUCGCUUCGGACGGACGCGUUUCCGAUCGAUUUUCGCGGGCUGAUUAUGCCAGUCCUCUUCGAAAUUUCAUCCUUGGUUUUCGAGGCAAUUAAAGAACGAAAGUAAAUUCUUCAUUUUUAA